AUGCAAAACUGUGACAUUGUGAAUUUACAACUGAAGAAACCACAAUGCAAUGAUGUAAUUGAUAUAACUGCCACAAGUUAUCCUGUUAUUUGUACACAGCUACUCCCUACGGUGAAUGUCAAAUGGCAACAUUUAAAGGGAUUAGAUUUGGUUGAUGAUUGGGAAUCUUCAGAAUGUGCGAUUGACAUGUUGAUAGGAUCAAAUAUAUUAUUGGGAUAUUGUGAUUGGCGAGACAAGGUGUGGAACAGACAGUUCUCAGCUUCUUGCAGUUAGCCAUAAGUUGGGAUAGCUAUUAUCUCCACCCUUGUAGGGUUCAGCAAGUCAUGAUUUAAUAGGUGAUGAUGAAGGUCUAACAAAGAUACGGAGGCAAUUUUGGGAGACGGAGCCAAUUGGGAUAACCAACCUCCGGUGAUACCGAGGCCACACCAUACCUAACCAAUGUGAAUUGUGAUGGAAAUCGCUACAAAGUUGGCCUUCAGUGGAAGGACUAUCAUCCAUGAACACACUAUGAGCUGUGUUAUAAUAAUUUGAAGCGAUUACAGUGAAGAUUGAAAGAACAACCAGAUCUACUUAACGAAUAUAACAGUAUCAUUAAGGAAAACUAUUACUUACUCUACCCAGUAUCUGAUUACUACACCUUACCACAAAUAAACAAAUUUAUAGAUAUAAAUAAACAAAAUGACUUAUUUCUUUAUCACUGCAAUAUUAGGAGUCUUUCAAAGAACUUGUCACUCUUGAAUAACGUAUUAUAUUCUCUCAAUAAAAAACCAGAUAUACUAGCUUAACUGAAACAAGAUUAAAUAAUGAAACUGUAUCUAAUAUUGAUUUAUGUAAUUAUAACUUCAUUCAUGAUUCUGUAACAUCAGCUGGUCGAGCUUGUAUAUACAUAUCUACUGACCUAAGUCCUUGGAUGACUCACGGUAUUUCAAAGUCCGUAACUGAAAAAAAUAAACUUUAUAGAAAAUAUUUGAAAACACCUAAUCGGAAAAAUGAAGAAACAUACAAAAAGUAUAAGAACAAACUAAAUCACCUAGUCAAACUUGCCAAAAAAAAUUAUUAUGAAAAACAAUUUGUAAAUUAUAACAAUAGUAGAAUGACAUGGAAAAUGAUUAACGAAAUUUUAAAUAGAAGGAACGAAAAAUCCACACUACCAGAUAAAUUCAUAGAAAAAGUUUCCAACAAAGCCUUGACAAAUCCAACUGCUAUCGCAAACAACUUUAAUAAAUAUUUUAUCAAUGUUGGACCUGAGCUAGCUAGACAAAUUCGCAUUGAAAAUAAUGAAAAAUCAUUUGACAAGUAUCUUUCCGGAAGUUAUGUGAAAAGUAUGUUUAUUGAUCUGGUUACUGAGAUUGAAGUAAAAAUUGAAAUAGACAAAUUAAGUCAAAAUAAAAGUGCUGGUUAUGAUGAGCUAAGUGCCAAUGUAAUAAAGUUCAUUGGAAAUGAAAUCUGUAGACCAAAAGCUCAUAUAUUCAAUUUGACAUUUACCACUGGAAUUAUUCCAGACUCUUUAAAAAUAGCAUUAGUAACCCCUGUAUACAAGGCAAGUAAAUGAAGACUUUAGAUUUCAAAACUACUGACUUAUUUCGGUAUUAUCAUGUUUUUCAAAAUUAUUGGAAAAAGUAAUGUAUCAAAGAUCGAUAAAAUUUAUUGACGCAAAUGAAAUCUUGUCAAAAUACCAAUACGGAUUUAGGACAAAUAGAUCAACAGAACAUGCAGUUAUUGAAAUUACUGACAAAAUCUCCAAAGCAAUAAAUGAAGGCAAAUACACAAUUGGAAUUUUUCUUGAUCUCAAAAAGCAUUUGACACAGUCAACCAUGAAAUUCUUAUAAAAAAGUUAGAACAUUAUGGUAUAAGAGGAUUAUGCAUUGAGUGGUUUAAGGUUACAUCAUAUGAUAGAUUCCUGUUUCAGAAAAAUUGUCACUGCGUGCUCAAUUUUUUAGUUACGUUCCUCGAAUUUGGCACACACAAUGAUAACUAACUGUAGAAGCUACUGUUUUUCACACAUCUUUUGAAAAAUAGCACCUCUUGCGCCACAAGAUUUAACGACAGACCAUUUAACUCAGGAGCUCCCAAAAUAUCAUAUUUCUCAUCUCAAAUGUUCAAAGAAGAAAAAUGUGUUCGCAUUUUUUGACAGCUAUUGUAUUAGCUUUGAUAUAAAGCAGACAACUUGACUUAUCUUGCACGGAUAUAAGCGGUUGAAGAGAUGCUUCUAAAUUGAAAAAUAAUGCACUAAAUUGAAAACGCGAACACCUUUUCGUUCUUAUAUUAUUGAUUAACAUUGUGGCAAUGUUUGGGACGAAUCGGAUAAAACGCUCUGUCGUUAAACUCUUUUUUGUCAAGGAGAUUGGGUAAUUUUGCUUUCUCUUCAAACGACGAUUUAAGAUUUGGCGAGCUUUACACUCUUUCUGUCACUUUCUCCACCCCAAUGUUAAUCCGCUUGUCACCUGUUGGGAUUAACCAAUCGCAAACAACUAAACUUUAAUAUGUUUUGGCAAGGUGUUUAUCACUCAUUGAAACACAAGCACUCAUUUAUCUUUAUAGAAUUUAAUAUAGUCUAUAGCUAUAUAGACUAGUUUAAGAAUAACUAUGCCAGCGAAGCGCAAAAAUACAAUUAGUAAGGAAACGUCUAAGCCAAAACGCAAGCGCAAUAGAAACGUCAUCGCCGAGGAGGGCGUGAAAUCGAUAAAAAACAGCUUCUUCUUGAUGACAUGAGAGCUCUAGGGUAUGUAUUAAUGUAUAUAAGUAUAUGUUAUUUGUUUAUUAACGGCUAAUGAAACAUGUAACUUUUCACAACAGAAAGUUUCGAUUUUCAUUCUGCAGAUUUGAUGGCUCAACAUUCAUAUCAAAUCUCGAAGCUAGUGUUGCUGACUGGCAGAAAAGGGGCAAGCCGCCCAGGAAAAUUAGAUAUAUCCAUUAUUGCCAAUGGGCGCAUGCUUUGCUGGUGAGUUUUAGGAAUGCGAUUUCAGCUAUGCAUGACAAGACUUAUAUAUGCAAGAUAGUUUUCACACGUCUCCGGUAAAGUAUCACAAAGACCGCGUGGACGAGAAAUUCUAAACGCUAAACCAUAGUAAAACGGCACCCGAAAAAAAACUUUUUCUGUUUCGAGAGUUUGUGUAAAUAACAUUUCAAUGACAUGCCCACUCGCUUCGCUGCUACGCUUCUGGUAUCCCAGGCUGAAAAAACCCCACAAAAGUUUACAUUUAUGGCGCUACUCACAAGCUACAAUAUGACAUUAAUAGGUUUAGCCUGCUACAAAUAGAGCGAGUACUUUGAUAUAUAACAGUAUAACAAAGCAGUUGUAUCUUUAUGAAACUAGUCAGUAGACCGUAGACGGAUAUUUUAAAAUCAAGCCCACUCGCGCGCGAUCGAGCGCAAUAUUUAUACCAUAUAAAUUCGAUGGUUUAUAAUAAAUUAAAUUUAUAGCUUAUGUUAUAUGUCCCUUCUGCAGAAAAAGGACAUUGGACCAGAGGAAGAUGAUGCGCAAUUUGGUUUCCCUGCUCAAUUGUUGACUUUUUUGAGAUAUAUCACACUGGGAGACGUGAAAGGUGAAAUUCGGGAGGUAAAAAUUCUAACAACACGCUAUGGAUGAUAACAUAAAUUGAAUAUAAAUUACUCCAAAUCUGAUUCUAUAAAUGUUUGACAACCAGUUUUUGUCCUUGAUAUAUUAUUUAUAAUUAAAACAUUAAGAAUCAGUUUUCAAUAUCUCAUUGAUAACUUAUCAACAAUUCAAUAAAGCCAAAGGCCGAACUGAAUGAUUUCUAAUUUCUUUUACUUUUAGGAUGCAUUUCCUGUUACAAUGGGUUGUUCUUGA